GCUGACUAUUUCUGGCCUUAGUCCGGAGGAGCUGCUGCUAGCGGCGUGUGCCCGUGCGUCCGCUGACCCGGAGCGACCAUCAGUGCGGACCAAUGAAGAUCGCUAGCUGAGAGAUGGCGUUCCGUAGGCCCGCCAAGAAGGAGUUCCGGCCCUUCGGCAGGAAGGGCUCAGCAGAUUCUAACUAUUCACAUCCAUCAUCAGACUUGUCGCUGGACGAAGAGAAGGAAACGCUUCGGCGUGAGAAGGAGAGGCAAGCGCUCAGUCAGCUAGAAAAAGCCCGGUCAAAGCCCGUAGCAUUCUCUGUGAGGACUAAUGUAUGCUACGAUGGUUCGCUGGAUGAUGACUCUCCUGUCCACGGAAGCGCAGUUUCUUUUGAAGUUAGAGAUUUCUUACAUAUCAAGGAAAAGUAUGAUAACAAUUGGUGGAUCGGACGACUGGUGAAAGAAGGUUGUGACGUAGGCUUUAUUCCUUCGCCAGUGAAGCUUGAGAACCUGCGGCUACAGCAGACUCAGGCCCGGAACUCCAAACUCUACCCCUCGAAAACCUCUUCCUCGAGUAAUCUAGGUGCGCUAGCAAAUGAUGUUCUCUCUUCUUCAAAGAGCGCCAACUCUCGUGGCUCCACCCCUCCCACCCCUGGUGAAGAUUCAGAUUCACUUGGAAACGCUAGGCUCCAGGGAAAGGCUACCCUCACCACCCCACCAGCUAAAGAGAAGCGGAAACCGUUCUUCAAGAAACAGGAAACAACAACACCUUAUGAUGUUGUUCCAUCAAUGCGGCCUGUGGUGCUUGUUGGACCUUCACUCAAAGGAUAUGAGGUCACAGACAUGAUGCAAAAAGCUCUUUUCGAUUUCCUCAAGCACAGAUUUGAAGGAAGAAUCAUAAUAACCAGAGUCAUGGCUGACAUAUCACUAGCCAAACGUUCAUUGUUGAAUAACCCAUCUAAGAGAGCAAUAAUGGAAAGGUCAAAUUCUAGGUCAACGUGCUUGGCUGAAGUACAAGCAGAAAUUGAAAGAAUUUUCGAGCUAGCAAGGACGUUGCAACUUGUUGUCCUAGACUGUGAUACAAUAAACCAUCCUUCUCAAUUAGCCAAGACUUCUUUAGCUCCAACCAUAGUUUAUUUGAAGAUAUCAUCUCCUAAGGUUCUGCAGCGACUAAUAAAAUCAAGGGGGAAGUCUCAAGCUCGGCACUUAAAUGUUCAAAUGGUGGCUGCUGAGAAAUUGGCCCAAUGCCCACCUGAAAUGUUUGAUGUGGUUCUAGAUGAAAAUCAGUUAGAUGAGGCCUGUGAGCACAUAGCAGAAUACUUGGAAGCUUAUUGGAGAGCUACCCAUCCACCAAUAACUCCACCCACAACCACUCCUGUCCCAAGACCACAGCCUUCUCCCCAGAUAUCUCCUUCGGCUGAUCAUGCUGGUCGUGUUACACUUUCACCAACAGGUGUGAACGAUGACUACGGCUAUGCUGAAUCUCGAGGAAUGUUUCAUCCUUCUCAUUCUCGUGGUAGAAGGGAGAGGCUUGAAUAUGAGGAGUACAGUUUAGAAUCUCCGAGGGAAGUAUAUCCACCCAAUCGGGAUAUAUAUGGUCAUAACUCUCGAGAGAUGUACCACGCUCACAACUCAAGAGAUAUGUAUCCUAGGGAACAAGAUCAUAUACAUGAUCCAGAUGAUUACCACUCCCCACACCGAGCAUCAUCAAGGAGAGCGCUCAAUGCCAUUUAAUAUUAAUUAAAAUAUUGGUACGAUAUUGUAUUUAUUAUUUUGAUCCAGUUCAGCAUUACAAAAUUUUAAGAAUUUAUAUUUGUUUUUUAAAAAAAGUAUUUCUCAUUAUCUAUAAAAAUGAGGAAGUGCGGAAACAAAGCAUACUUAUCAAAAUGAAAAUAAGAAAAAUGAAAGUAUAUAUUUCUCAAAGACCUUUUUUUAAUAGAAAAAUUUAUAUGUAUAUUGUAGCCAUUACUUCAAAGUUUAUUAUGCCAUAUUUGGAAAAAUUACAUUUCUGUAUUUCAUAAAUUAUUUCAUUCUGUUCCGUGGAACUGAAAAGAAGAAUGUUUUAUAUUGUGCCUCAGGGAUGUCAUUUGUCCAAAUUUAACCCAAACCAAUGUAACAGAAAUUAAUUUUUCUUCCUGGUUUAUGGUUUCAUAUUUAGGAAUUUGAUGAAAAAUGUUUCUUUUUUGUGAAUAAUGUGUUCAUUUGGUUUUAUAAUGAUUAUUUAUUGAAAUAUAUGAAUUUAGUUUUAUACUUCUGCAUUUUAGUAUUUUUCCUAACAUUUAAAUGAAAAUAGAUUCAAUUUAUAGAUAUUUUUAGGACCAAAAUUUAAUUUAAUUUACAAAAAUAAUUUUCUCAAUAUAUUUAUUAAAGGCUGAAUAACUUUGACUUUUUUUUCUUUAAUUAAAAACAAAAAAGAAAUAUAUUGUGGCAGGUGAACAAAAAGUUUUAACUUAAAAAUGACUAAACAGAUAAUUCAGUUAUUUUACUUUUUUUCUGUGGAAAACAUAUAUACUUUCCCCUUUCUUUUCUUAGUAGAUAGUAUAUCAUGAUUUUCUAAUUUUUUAGUAUUUUUAUAAACACAUGAACAUUUCUUACACCAAUAAAGCUUAUUAAUAUGUAUAUAUGUAAUAUUUUAAAAUACUUUAGAUUCUUGGUUAAGAAUUGUUUGAAGUGAGCUUAUAAAAUAUAUAAAACAACUUCAAAAUUGUCAUAUUUACAUAUAUAAAGAAAUGAGAAUGAUGCACAGUAACUCAAAUUGAUCAUUGUAUUUAAAUAUCACAUUGAACUUUUUAUUAUUUCAGUAAUUAAUUUGAUUGUUGCUUUAUGGCUAUAUGUGCAUUAAACCUUAUCAGAAUUAAAUUCUAUCAAGCCCUAAGCUUUUUGCUUUCUGAAAAAAUUAGCCAAGCAUUACAAAAAGGUAAAUCUAAAGUGAAAAAACAAAUUAUUUAGCUUUUAUUGAAUUGAUAUCUAAAUGAUUUCUACUUGUAUAAAUGCAAGCACUCCUUUAAAGUUAUCAUUACCCAAUGUGCCUACCAAAAAAGUAAAUAAAUAAUAAAAAAAAAAUUAAAAAUCUAUGAAUAAUUAAGUAAAAAUUUAAAAAAAAAAUGAUAUAUAGUUAUCAUUCCUCUAAACCUAAACAUUUUCAAUAUCCCUAACUGUAUAAAUGAUUCUUGCUACAAGUAGGCAGUAGCACUUUAAAAGUCCUACAUGACCAAAUUGUGAAGCCAAGACUCUGUAAAGUAUAGAAAUAAAGACUGUAAUGUAUAGUUAAAUUUAUAAACUCUAAACCCUAACUUAAAAUAACAUCUUUUAAUAAUAAUUUUUCUAUUGCCAAAGGAAUUAUAAAUUAGGUAAUUUGUGUCAUACAGUAAUUUAGGCAGACAGAUUAAUUCAUUCAAGUGAUAUUUUUUUCUUUUAUAAUAAAGUAAACAUUUGAUAGUUAAUAUGUUUUGCCUUAAAUAGCUUAUAAUAACAUAUUACAUUGACCCCUUUGGAAAAGGUAAUUUACAAGUACAAUAUCCAGUUGCAUCCUAAUGACUUAAGUGGGUAUUGGUAAUGGUAUUAUAUUUCUAUGAUAGUCUUAUUUUAUAUUUACUACCUUGUAAAAUAUUAGGAAAUUUAUUUCUGUUAUUCAUAGAAAAUAUGAAAUAUUUAAUAAGAUUUUACUCAGUGAUUUCAUCUCACAUCUCAAUGGAAAACUGUAGUUUCAAAAUUAAUAAUUCAUCAAAAUGUUAAUUUAGAGAGGCCACAGAAGUAAUUUACUUACAAUGAAUUAGUCAGAAAAUUACUAACAUCGAACUGUAGAAACACAUUUGAUACAAGGAGUCAAAAUUUGGUAAUAUACAUUUACUGUGAAAUAAUUCUUAAAAUUAUUGUACAAUUUAUAGACAUUAGAUUUUUUAUAUUAGGAAAAACUCCUGUUCAAGUGGCCAUCUAAAAUAACUUAAAUUGUGUCUUUUUUCCAAUUGUAUAUAUAUUAAUGUUGUUUCUUCAAUACUAAUAGAAUAUAUUCCAUAAGUUUGGGGCAAAAUGGUCUUAUGUUUUUAAUUUCAUGAUUUUAUUAUAUUAUGGACACUCUUGUUUUCUAAAAUCUAAGAACUAAUUAUUUAUUUUAGUAUUAGUUAGCCAACCAUCAGUUUUGGUUCUCCUUUUACAUUUAAUUUGAUCCAUUUCUCUUGGGAAUAGGUUAUUGAAAUUGUGAGAUAUUGGUAGUUAGUAAGGUUCCGAUAUGGUUCCCUCAUCAGCAUUUUUAUAAUAAUAUAAGAUUAACAUAUGAUUUAGAAAACUAAUACUUUUUGUUACAAUAAAAAGAAAGUAGAUUUUUAUACCAGAUUUAAUUCUCCGAAAUUUUAAAGUAAUAUAAAAAUAGGUAUAAUUUAUGAAAAUUAAAAUGAUUUAAAUAGUCCAAGUUUGAAAAUCACACAGGAAGUAUAUUUAUAAUUCCUUUAAAAAUUCAAUUUUGAAAGAGCUAAUAUAUUUUUUAAAAGUUUUAGGGAGUAUCUUUUUUGUCAUCUUUCCUGAAGUAGUGACCAUUUUGCCCACUACUCUUGAUUCAUAAUAUGUAUUUCACUCUGUUAUUCUUUUUUACUCCUAUUUUUUUCUGUCUUUUUAUUUUAAACUAUGACCAACCAUUUAAAUAUACAAAUCUAUUUUUUUUGCGACCAUUGAGUCUUAGAAUGUAUGAACAUUAUCUAUUAGAUAAAAAGUUUGAAAAAAAAAUAACUAAAAAAAAAAUAAUAAAGAAAACAUACUAUGUCAUUUCCAAAGAAAGGGUCACUUUGAUGCUCAAUAUAAACCAAAACUUAUGAACUUGUUAUAAGUUAAGAAGAUAUAUAUUUAAAAAAAUAAACAACUGGCAGGAACCUGAAUUUUAUUUGGUAAACAUCAAAAUGAGAUAUGUUAGUUUUAACUAUUGUAAAAACAUUAUUUAUAAAUAUAUCAGUGCAUAUAACAUUGAAAAUAAGAAGAAUAAAAGAUGAUUUAUUUUAAUAAUUUCAAAUAGUGUAACCUGUAUAAAGGAAAUUAUUAUUUGUCUAAGAUAUUUAUUAUUUAAGCUAUUUGGAAUUUUAAUGUUAUAUUUGAACGUUUUUUUUUAACAUUGUUAAUUAUUUGAUGUAUGUAAGUACAUAACAUAUUAUCUUAAGUAGUUAGGAAUAUCAUUAGAUAUAAUAGUGAGAUUAUUUUAUUUUAUUUAAAACUACAAAAGUAUUAUAAUUUAUUUCAAGCAUAGAUAUUUGUAAGAUUUCAGCCUUCCUUUAGUGUCAUCCAAGUUUUGAUUAAUGUGAAAUCUGCUAUAAUUAUUAUUUCAUGCUUGUUAAAAUUUUAUUUGGGAUUAGAAAUUAUAAGUUUUAAGUAUUCUAAUCUUUAAUUGAGAUAAUAUAAGUUCUAAACCACAAUAACUAUUAUUUUGAACAAGUUGUAUUGGCAUUUAUUUGUUUUAACAAUUUUAAAGAAACUCAGUUAUUCAGUUAACAGUGAAGAUCUCUAAAGUUAUGUUUUAUUAUCUUCCUGCCAUGUGCUGUGAUUUAACCAUUCUUAAUAUUACUGCAAUAAUUCUCAUUUACUUGAGGGAACCAAACAGAAAACUGGAAAAUUUUUUGGGAGAAGUGCACAUUAAGCUUUGUUUGGCUUACUGGGAAGCAAACGAAUAAUAAAUAUCAAAAUACUAUUAGAAACGUGCUUUUCAGUGAAAAGAAAAUGGAGUAAAGAAUUAUUUCAUAAUAAGAAUGUUGGCUUAUAUAUAUGUAAGCAUAAUGGUUACAAUAUUAAAAAAUCCAGUUUUUCAAAUAUAUAAAUACCUGUGAUCGGGAUGUUUUUAUUGGGGAAUACCCAUAAAAUGGGCUAUAAAUAUGUAAGUAAAAUAAAUGUAUAUGUCUUGCUUAUUUGUAUCAUAAUGAUAUGCUUGUUAAAUUUACUUAGUUUUCUUUGCUAUGCAUUUUCCAAUCCCUUUUUGAAGCACAUCCUUUAUCUUUAUUAUAAAAUAAUAUCUGUAAAUAAUGGAUUAAAUUUGUACAUCAAUA